GCCUUUUCAUCGCGAGCCUUCGUCAUCAACUACCCUUUUCCUCCUCAAUCUCCACUCUUUCUUUCGCCUGGCCCAGCCCGUCAUGCUGCGUGCCUCUCUUCUCUCCAGCAGAAGGCUUGUCGCCGGAGGCAAUGCGCUCCGGGGCCAGAGCCAAUGGCUUGCCGUUCGCUCUGGGACUCACGCUCAAGUUCCCUUGCGUACCUUUGCCGACACCAGAACACCAGAACAUCGCGUCCCUUCUUCUCAAGCUGCGCCUCCUCCGGGUCGAGUAGUCCCUGAAUCGCCGUCGCCUAUCACCCCGAGCUCCGCUUCCGUUGUGCCCCCAGAGACCGUUCCGAGCGCGCCUCAUGUGGCUCAGGUGCAGACUGCUCCUCCUAGCUCUAUUCCACCAACCGCUGGAAUUGAUGUUGGCUCGAAUCCUCCUCGUGGACCUUCCGAUGAGCAGGGUAUCCCACCUCCACCACCUCCACGCAAGCGACACCCUUUCCGCAACUUCCUGAUUGCUUUGGCGUUCUUGAGCGGUCUUGGCUACGCUGGGGGUGUGUACUACUCGCUUGUUUCAGAUAAUUUCCACGACUUCUUCACAGAGUACGUUCCGUUUGGCGAAGAUGCUGUCCUCUACAUCCAAGAGCGGCAAUUCCGUCUUCGCUUCCCUGGCCGGAAUGCCUCUCAGAAUCGUUUGGUCCAUAUGCCUAGAGAGGAAUCGAACAAGGUCACCAUUGCUGGCCGAAGCGGUGUCUCGUGGAAGGUAACGGACCAUGAUGAUAAGGAUAGCAGCAGCGCGAAGACGAGUGCUGUCGCCUCAUCUCCAGAGCCAGCUGCUUCGCCCAAGCCUGAGGAGAAGCGGGAGCCGGCUUUUAAACCCGCCUCUGUGGUGCCUCUGGAUCCUCUCAACGUGAAGGAUGCGGAGGAACCUGUGGUGCAGGAUCUAGUCAAGGUCCUUAACAAUAUCAUUACCGUAAUUAACGCUGACAAUGCAUCUGGCAAAUACUCUUCUGCCAUUGAGAAUGCCAAGACCGAGCUAUCAGCUGUCACCUCUAAGAUCAACGCCAUGAAGGAAGCCGAACAAAAGGCCGCGGAUGAGAAGAUCCGGUCCAGCCACGAGGAGUUUGACCGCGGUGCCCGGGAAUUGGUUCGCCGUCUCGAGGAGGAGAUGCGAGAUCAAGAGGCCCGAUGGAGAGAGGAGUUUGAAGCGGAACGCGAGAAGAUCUCUCAAUCGUACCAGUCCAGACUCCAGAACGAAUUGGAGCGUGCCAAGGAUUUGUCAGAUCAGCGUCUCCGCAACGAGCUUCUCGAGCAAGCCAUUGAUUUGAAGCGCAAGUUCAUUGAUGAAGUCCAAGAGCGUGUCGAGAACGAGCGCAGCGGUCGUCUCGGCAAGCUGACUGAGCUUUCUUCGAGCGUUUCGGAGCUCGAGAAGCUGACGACUGGCUGGAACUCUGUCCUUGACGCCAAUCUCAAGACACAGCACCUUCACGUGGCGGUCGAGGCAGUCCGAGCCAACCUUGAGACUGCAGAGCAGCCCCGUCCUUUUAUCCGCGAGCUCGCUGCUCUCAAGGAGAUUGCUGAUGAUGACGCCGUUGUUAAUGCCGCUAUUGCAUCCAUCAACCCUACGGCUUAUCAGCGGGGAAUCCCCACCACGGCUCAGCUCAUUGAGCGCUUCCGCCGCGUCGCGGCUGAGGUGCGCAAAGCCGCACUGCUUCCUGACGGCGCUGGUGUGGCCAGCCACGCUGCCAGCUACGUGCUGAGCAAGUUCUUGUUCAAGAAGAAGGGCUUGGCUGUUGGUGAUGAUGUCGAGAGCGUUCUAACCCGAGCGGAGACAUUGCUCGAGGAGGGCCAACUCGACGAUGCCGCGCGUGAGGUAAACAGUCUUCAGGGUUGGGCAAAGACCCUCAGCAAGGACUGGUUGGCUGAGGUGAGAAGCGUUUUGGAGGUCCAGCAGGCGCUUGAGGUCAUUGCGACAGAGGCCAGACUGCAGAGUCUGCGUGUUGAUUAGAGUUCUUAACGAUGUUUGUUGACUACGCUCAUAUAUUUAAUUGCGACGCUUCCUUUCUUCGGCUGAUCGCUCUCUUGUACCCAAUGCGCGCUUUUGGCACUCGGAAAGCGAGGGCAGGAAGAGCGCGAUGCACGUGUAGUCAAGAGGUUCCCAGUGGAACUGUGUAGAUAUCUGCAUUGCGACGAGAUAGAGAUAUAACUUGUAUUCUUAAAAAGCUGAAUUUUCUGCGGCAUUCCCUCUAAUUUCUAAGCUCCAUCGUUCUUUUAGAGAAGACUGAUGUUUUUUUUCCAUCUUCUUGUUGACGUUGAUAUUCUCCUAGCCACAAUGGGUCAAUCACAUGCAAAAGGCAGAUGAUUGCAAAUAAAAGGUGAUGAGGGGCAAAAUCAGAUUGUGAAACAUGAAAGAC